AUGGCUCGGACACCCUUGACAUCACGUCCGUUUGAUCUGGUCUACUUUAUAUUCUUCCUGUCCCAUAUCCCGGCGACGGUCCUGCUCGACCUCCAAGCUAUAUACCCCGUGUGGAUAGUCCCCGGAUUCAUCGCCCAGCUACCAAAGCUAUAUCUCCAGCUUUCUAACGAUCCUAUCAUCGAAGGAGCCCUAAGCACCGGUCCCACCUUCCUCUGGCUACGGACCUUCAUGGUCCUUGAAGCACUUUUCCAGCUUCCCACCUUCGUUAUCGGCGCACGAGGUCUGUACAAAGGCUCCAAGUCCAUAUACCCCCUGCUGCUCGUGUACGCCGCAUCCACGAGCACGACCGUCCUGCCCUGUCUCGCCGUCAUCCUCGCCACGCCUUCGACCUCCCCCGAGACGCUCUCCGCCAAACUGUCGUCGGUCUCCCCCGAGCAGCGCGCGCUCCUCCUCGCGAGCUACAUCCCCUUCUUCCUCAUCCCCCUCCUUAUGACGCUCGACAUGGCCCUGCGACUGUCGAGCCUCGUCCAAAAGGCCGUACAGGCCGAGCGCGCCGUCAAGACCAAGUGA